CGACCCUCCCCGCGACGCCCGCGCGUCCCCUUCCCUCACCUGCGGGGCGGCACCCAGGAUGCGAGGGGCGCGGAGGGCGCGGAGUGCGGAGGCGACAGCGGGAUGUCCGUUCACCCGCGCGAGCUCUCACAGUCUCGCAGCUUCCCUGGGAGACCCACGGCAGCUGCCAGCCCGCGACGCUCGGGGCGGCGCCCUCUGGCGGCGGGAGGCCUCGCGCGCCGCCCCGCAAACGCUACCAUUGGCUGCGCUGCCAGUGCCACCCCGGGGAUGGAGGCGCCACGUCGGGGCCUCGGGGCUGCGGAAGCGGCGGCGAUAGGCGGAACCCGAAGCGGUCACACGGAAGGGGGUGAGAGACCGCAAGCUCUUGAGCCCAGUAUCAUCGCCCCCUCCCACGCCGCUUGGGCACCAGAGUAGGACUGGAAGGAGACCUAGAUUCAUUUGGGCACCAGGGUGUCACUUCCUUCGGAAUCUGUUCUCUGCAGUAACUUAUCCUGAGCGUCCUGCUUUGCAUUCCGAUACUGUUACCGUCACCCUGAAAACAGCCAUACAGCCGUGUCCUUUCAAAUGAAUGACAGGCAUAGGAACCCGCGUUGAACAAGGAGGUGACCUAAACUCAUUCGGACGCCAGAGCGUCACUUCGGAACCUGUUCUCAAUUCCCUAUCCCAUGAGUUAUGCUCUACACGCAGUCACUGUUUUUAUCAUCUUGAAAACAAAAUGCGGUAUUUUUGCAAAUGAAUGGUAGGGACGGAUCUCAGAGCCAACACAAGCUCUUGUUUUCCCUGGCCUUCAUCUCAACUUAUAUGUCGCUGUAUUCACCCGUGUUUCAGUGGCCAGGUGUACACUAGCCCAGACAGAACACUGGGUAAGGCUGAAUCCCUGAGACUGGAGAUGUGAAAAGUGCUCCAAGUCAUGGCAGUAGAAGGGAGAAUGCUCCCAGGCAAUGGGAAAGAUCCUGAACCUGAGUUGCUGAGGGACAGGGAAGACCAAAGUGUGUGUGUGUGUAGAAAGCUCAAAGAGGAUGAGCCACUGCAUGAAAUUUGGAAUUCAGUGUCUGAGAUGGAAAUUGCAAGGUCUAAUUCACAGUUUUAGAAAGUUUCUUCAUGAAAGGACAAGCAGAAAAGUGAGAGAGGCUGAGGGUGUAACUUACUUGUCAAAGUGCUUGCCUAGCCUUGGGUUUGAUUUCCAGCACCAAAUAAACUGGAUAUGGUGGGGUACCCUUCUCAUAGCAAUACAUGGGAGUGGGGGGGGAUUAGGAGUUCCAGGUCUUCUUUGGCUAUGAAGCAAGAAAUACCCAGGUCCAGGACCACUGGGGACAGAGGGAAGAGUUUACAUUAGAAGGAAGACCCUGAGAUGCACUCUGUCUGUACCCAGAGUGCUACUGUAAGCUCAGGAAGUUGUCAGUAUUGUGCCAGUACAAAGUGAAACUUGAUGAGAUUGUAUGAACUUCCUGAUGUUCCUGUACCAACAGCCUACAUUUUUGUUGCCUUAAAACAACAUAAACUUAGAGUUCAAAAGGACCAGAGUCAGCAGUAGGUGUUUCACUGGGCUGAUGUCAAGAUGCUGAUAAGGCUUGUCCCUUCUGGAAACUAGUAUGGAACUCUUGCCUCUUUUUAGCUCCUGGAGGCCUCCUGGACUCCUAGGUCAUGCCCUUCAUCUCCAGAGCCAGUAGUUCCCUCUGAAUGAGGUCUCCUGACCACACCUCCUCCGGGUCUUCCCUGGUGAUUGCAUUUGAAACGUGGAUAAUCCUAGGAGGUCCUGGAGAUCCCCAGGGAUUUUCCAGGCAAGGUAGCAAUAAUCACAAGUUGCCAGCGAUAGAGAGUAGAUAUGUUUGGGAACCCAUCAUUAUAUGUACUGUAGGGAGCAUAGGAAAAGAAGGGCUGAGCAUGGAUGAACCUGCUCUAGCCUUGAAGAAUACUGUGUUGUAAGAGUGUCUGCUUCUUUGGCUUCUAUGCUAGCAGGGAAGUUUCCUGUGUCUUACCUGG